CCCAGCGUGCGUCCGUGCGUGGUGACGUCACAGAAAACAUGGCGGACGCCGGCGGAGUGACCGCGGAUGGAGGAGAUAUGAUGCGAUACGCCGAAUAUUGCCCGAAAACAAACGUUCGCAGCGACGCAGAGAUCGACAGGAGAUUUGGAGGAGCUCUGAUUGCUGUUGGUCUCGGUGUUGCUGCUGCAGGUUUUGCAGGGCGAUAUGCAUUCCAGCUAUGGAAACCUCUGGGACAGGUCUUCUCUGACACUGUGAAGAAGAUGCCCACAUCAGCAUUUUCAGCAUAUUACAAAGGAGGUUUUGAGCAGAAGAUGUCCAGACGAGAGGCCAGCCUCAUCCUGGGCAUCAGCCCUGUCAGCACUAAAGCCAAGGUACGGGAGGCCCACAGGCGGAUCAUGGUCCUGAACCAUCCGGAUAAAGGUGGAUCACCGUUUCUUGCUGCAAAGAUCAAUGAGGCCAAAGAUCUUCUGGACAAAGAGAUGCGUCGGUGACCUUUCCUGCUCACUGAUUUUUUUGUAGUUGAAGAACUGCCAUCAGCCUUGCAGCACGGCUCCAUCGCCUCUUCGAGGAAUCCGCUCAGAACCUUCUGUCUUCAAAAGAAAAAGAAUGAACGCUUCAUUAAACGUUGUAAAUGUGUGUCACAGCUGAAGGACAUAAAACUAAUGUAGAAUCAUUCUAAAGUAGAGAAAUAACAUUUCUGAAAGUGAAUUAUUCUGUUCGGGCGCCAUUUUGUUACGUGUAUAUUUAUGUAUGUCUGCAUGUAAGGUGUCGUAUUGAUCUGUUGAAGAAGCAGUAAAACACUAAAACUGAUCCUGA